AAAUUUGUGCAGCAAACCACGUGUAUUGUAAUACUUCUGCAAUAAGUGCGAAUUCACGUGCAUUCACAUAUGCAACGUGUAAAAUUUUAUCAGUGUAGUGUUCUGGCUAAUUGUGAGGUACGAGAAUUUUUGUUGAUUUUUCUUCCAAGAGUUAUAUCUGUUUGUCUGUGACUUUACCAAGUAUACCAACAUCGCUAUCGCCACACCUCUAUGUAUCACAUUGAAUGCGUACCACGUCAAUGGUCAAUCAUUUUUUCGUGUUUCGUUGAUUUGUUGCUUUAGGAACAAUUAUGGUGUCGGUUUUAAAUACGGUGGAUACCGGGCAUGAAGACAUGAUCCAUGGAGCAGAAGUGGAUUAUUACGGGUUGCGUUUGGCGACAUGUUCAUCUGACAACACAGUAAAAAUAUUUGAUAUUAAGGGUGGAGCUCAAACGCUAGCUGCAGAUUUAAAAGGACAUGGUGGUCCGGUAUGGCAGGUAUCUUGGGCUCACCCACGCUAUGGUAAUGUAAUUGCGUCAUGUUCGUACGAUCGUAAAGUAAUAAUUUGGAAGGAAGCCGGAUCUGGUAAUUGGAGCAAGUGGUUUGAAUACAGUAAUCAUGAUUCAUCCGUAAAUUCUGUUGCCUGGGCUCCGGCAGAAUAUGGCUUAAUUUUAGCAUGUGGUAGUUCUGAUGGAUCUGUUUCAAUUCUGACAGCGAAUAUAGAGGCGGAUGCAUGGGAUUCAAAAAAAAUUCCAAAUGCUCAUAGUAUUGGAUGUAAUACCGUUAGCUGGUGUCCUGCUACAACACCUGAGCCGGCCUUUGAUCAAAGAUUGUCUAAAACCAGUACAUCAGUCAAACGCCUUGUAACAGGAGGAUGUGAUAAUUCCGUUAAAAUUUGGAGAGAAGAAGGAGAACGCUGGGAAGAGGAGAAACGUUUGGAAUUGCAUUCCGAUUGGGUACGGGAUGUGGCGUGGGCUCCAAAUGUUGGACUUCCUCGUCACCAAAUUGCAAGCUGCUCUCAGGAUCGUCGAGUUAUCAUCUGGAGCAGCGAUGAUUUGCAAAACUGGCAGUCAACAAUUUUGAAUAAUUUUGAUGAUGUUGUUUGGAAUGUGAGCUGGUCAUUGACAGGAAAUAUCUUAGCUGUAUCAGGUGGAGACAACAAAAUCAGUUUGUGGAAGGAAAGCAAUGAAGGACAAUGGUUAUGUAUAAGCGAAGAUACUAAUACAGCUCAGUCGCAUUCGGUUAACCAAGCUCAGAAUUUUGUGAAUGAACAAAGGACAUUGUAAUAUCCAAUUAUCAAUCCUUUUUCUCAUUUCUAUAUUAAUAAAAUUACACGAGUAAUACAAGCUCAUACUGUAUUUAGGCAUAGG